UUUGCCUCCCUAAACAAACGCUCACACUCCUCAAACCUAAUCAUCCCUCUCUACUUUUCAAAUCAAACCUCUCUCUCUCUCGCUCUCUCUAGCAAUGGCGCGUCUUCUCCUUCGUCUUCUUCAAGAAGCCAAUCCUCCGUCGCCGGCCGCGGUAAACGCCGAUCUCAUACUCAUCAUAGCUGCUCUCAUCUGUGCACUGAUCUGCGUCCUCGGCUUAGUCGCCGUCUCUCGAUGCUCCUGGCUCCGACGUAUCGCCGCCAGGAACGGCUCCGCCGCGAGUUCUGAUCAGAAUCCUCAACCGCCGGUGGCUGCGGCCAACAGAGGACUGAAAAAGAAAGUCCUCCGAUCGCUGCCGAAGCUCACUUACUCGCCGGAUUCUCCUCCGGCGGAGAAACUGGCCGAGUGCGCCAUCUGCCUGACGGAGUUCGCCGCCGGCGACGAGCUCAGAGUGUUGCCGCAGUGCGGUCACGGUUUCCACGUGUCUUGUAUCGACACGUGGCUUGGGUCUCACUCUUCGUGUCCUUCUUGCCGCCAGAUCUUGGUGGUUGCCAGGUGUCACAAAUGUGGCGGUGUGCCCGGUAGCUCAAGCUCAGGAUCCGAAUCUGAUACCCGGGUCAAGCAACAUGAAGAUGAACCUAGUAGCCUCUUGGCUUGAUUCUUUUCUUUUUCGACUUUUACACAUAACAAUAAUAUAUAUAUAAUUAAAAGAGUAUUCCUUAUCAUUUUAGAGGAUAAUGGUAAUCUGUCAUAUGUAAAUAUUUAUUUAUUGUAAUGGAAAAGUUAAUGUCA